UUACUGAUGUUCUACUUGCGCUCGUUGAACUUUCAUUACAUAUAUUUUUAUAUAUACAGUAUAUAUUAAAAAAAUCUACAGAACACAGCUGUAGAAAACUCGUAGCAUAUUCCUUCUCUAUUGCAUCUUAAUACCAAGGAAGAAAAAAAUGAAAAGGAAUAUUAUAUUUUAUUGAAUUUUUAACAAUUAUUUAUAAAACAUUUUAAUAGUCGAAUAUUCUACGUGUUCGAAACAGGAUAUAUUUUAUGUACAUAUUAAUAUAUAUAUAUAUAUACAUACAGUUACAGUUUCAACGCUACUUAUGAUUAAUCAAAAAAGUAUCUGUGUAAAUAGUGACAAGCUGAUAGUGAACUGCAUUUGUGAUAGUGAUAAAAAGUUCACGUGAAUGGAAUUCAUUACUGUCAUGUAGUACAAUGACGUAUAAACGUCAGGAAUAUAUUAAGUACUUACUUUUUUUUGACUAUUAUCAUGGGAUCCAGAUUAAGGGAGGACGUUAAGCAGUUAUUUGAAUGUUUUUGUGAAAUUGCUGCACCGGUUAGCAACAAACAAGCUUGGAUUCUUCAAAAAUAUCCAAGUUCAUUUUCAGAUGAAGAAAUCUUGAAGUCAGUCCCUAAAUUUGCGUAUCCAUGUGAAAUAGAAAAUUUACUGGUGCAGCACUUCUCAUUUGUGCUUACUAGUAUAGAUUCAAAAUGGACCUUUGGUUUUUGUCGGCAUGAUCCAAAAACAGAGACCGCAUUAGUGGUCUUAAGUGCAUUGCCAUGGCAUGAAACAUUUUAUAAAUUAUUAAAUCAUAUUGCAUCUUUAACAAAUAAUGGAAGUGGAGAAGAUCUUUGUAAAUUUCUUGAAAAGGUACACAGCUGUGGUGUACCUAUACCUGGGAAUUCAAUAUCUAUACCAAUACCAAGUCUUAAUACUAAUUUUGUUUGCCAAAGUCCUAAACAAUUUCAAUUACCUAGUAUUCCAGAAAAUAGAAAUUUGACAGAAUAUUACAGUGCUGUAGAUGCUCAUAAUAUGAUGGUAGUAUUUGCGUCUAUGUUAUAUGAAAGACGUAUUAUUUUUACUUCCAAACGUUUAUCAAGGUUAAGUGCAUGUGUACAAGCAUGCAAUGCUUUAAUUUAUCCAAUGAUUUGGCAACACAUAUAUAUCCCAGUACUUCCAUUAUCUUUAAUGGAUUAUUUAUUAGCACCAAUGCCAUUUUUGAUAGGUGUACCUGCUCCAACACUUCAGAGAGUUCAUAAAAGUGAUUUAGGUGAGGUAGUAAUUUUAGAUGCCGAUAAUAACACCAUUGAGUCACCUUUUCAAGAUUUGGAAUCUUUACCUCAAGAUGUAGUAACAAAUUUAAAGAAAGCAUUGCGUAAUAGACCUGCCUUACUUGGGGAUGGAGUAUCUAGAGCAUUUUUACGAGCAUUAGUACAACUAACUGCAGGAUAUAGAGAAGCAUUAACGUUGCAACAAGGAGAGCGUAUCACGUUUGAUCAAAAUGCAUUUGUAGAAAGUAGACCAUCUUCCAUGCAACCUUUUCUACGAAAAAUGUUAGAACUUCAAAUAUUUCAACAAUUUAUAGAAGAGAGAUUAAAUAUGCUCAAUUCAGGACUUGGAUUCUCCGAUGAAUUUGAAAUGGAGGCAUGCAGUUAUUCAGUCAAAUCUAGCAAUAAAUUUAUGCAACAAUAUAGAGAAUGGACUUACACCAUGCGAAAAGAAAGCUCAGCAUUUUUCCGUAGCGUGAAAGAUAAAGCAAAUCCAGCAGUAAAAUAUGCAGUUAAAUCUGUCAAAGAUAGAGGGAAAGAUAUGAAAACUGCAUAUAAAGGAUUGAAGUGGAAAGGACGAUCAAAUAGAAGUGAAAAUAGUAUGAGAUUUCAUCAACCAAGAUCUGCGCCUAGUUCACCUACAUUAGACAGAAAUCCUAUUGGAUUUACAGCACCACCUAAAUCUCCCAAUGGAUUUACUGCUACAACUAGUUAUAGAAAAGAAUUACGUUUACGUAAUAGCAAUUUUACAGAUCCGAGAAAACAAUACUCACCAUUAAGUCCAAGUUCUCCUGAUGAAUCAGAACCACCACCAGAACGUAUAAAUAUUGAUCUUAUGCAUGAACUUCGAGAUGUAAUAUAUCCAAAUACACCACCUGUGGAUAGAACUUUGAAGCCAGUGCGAAGUUUAGACAGCUUGAGAUCUGCAUGGAGUGGGCAUUCACGACAUGGCCCUCUACCUCGUACAAUUGUCAGAAACACUCAUGAAAUAUCCCCUCCAAAAAUGACAUCAUCUUACAUCCAACCAACAUCCACCAAUAUUAAUGAUACAAUUGAUCAAUGUAAUUCUUCAAUCGAAGCAUUACAGAUAAAUAUGAAGAAACCUUUUAUUAAUGAUACAUUGUUUGUUGAUAAAUCAAAUAAAAUGACUUCUGAUGAAACUAAUUCAGAAGCAUGUCUCAUACAUAGUUCAUCCUCUGUACAUGGAUUAUCAAAACAAUCGAAUUUUUUACGUGAUUUGCAUACAUGUAACGAAUGGAUUACUCCUGCUAUUAUUAAUGUUCCUAAUUAUUUACAAAAUGACAUUAAACAGCCGCAACAAUUGCAAUCUAAAGUUAAUAAUAAAAUUGAUUAUACAAAUAUUUUUACAAAUAUCGAUUCGGCGUUGAAAAAACAAGAUGAUAAUAUAAGUGAUAAUUGUAUUUUAACUACUACUAAUUCAUUUCAAGAAACUGAGAAUGAUGAUGAUGAUGAUGAUCCUUUUGAUACAAGUAAAGUGUUUAUUCCAUCCUAUUUACAAAAACCAUUGUUUCAAUCCACAAAUCCAUCUUUAUCUAUUAAUUCUGACAUACCAAUCCAUCCUGUAAGUACUACUACAUCCUGUUCUGCACAAGCUAAGAGUUCACCAGAAGUGCCAGAUUUAAUCAGAUUAGAUUCUACGAAUAGCAACGAUGAUUUUGAUCCAUUACUCUCUAGAUCUACAGUAUUUUCAAAUACAAAACAAAUGACACAAUCAUUGCAUAUUCCAGAAAUGGGUGAAGGUCUUAGUAAUCCUUUAUAUCCAUAUUUUCAACCUUUACACAGUGGAAAAGAUGUACAACAUUCGCAUAAACCUUCUGAUAGUGUUGGUGAUUUGGAUCUAUUACAAGCAUAUGGUUUAGAUUUUGAUAAAUUUAGUGUAACUAAUGGUGGUGGUGGUGGUGCAUCGCCAACAAAAAGUUCUUCAGUAGUAUCUACACAAAAUGCACCUGGAAACAGUAUUAAAAAUAUGGAUAAUGCUUUUAGCUUAUCGCUCGGCACAUCUACACCAGUUAAAUCACAAAAUAAUUGGACAAAAUUUGAAUAGAUAAUAAACAUUAGAAUUCGCAUAUCAUAAUUGUAUAUAUUCUAUAAAUAUAUAUAUAUAUAUCUGUUUUUGUUAUUUAUCGCUAUAUAUAUAU